GUGGCUGUCGGAGCUGCGGAGUGAUCCGCCCCGCUGUGAGGUGGUGGUUGUUCGCUGCUCCACCUCUUUUAGAGCCGGCCCUGGCAGCUCCCGUGCUGGCUCUGGAGCCGGCGUGGUGCCGGUGCUUCCCGGCUUCGCAGGAAGCGGUGUCAGCCGAGGAAAGAGGAGCUCGCUGCUGGGCUUCGGCAUCCGGCACCGUUCCUGUGGAGCUCCGUCGGGCUGACCGGGCAUGGCCGCCAGCAGUGACAGCGUGCAGCGGGCUGGGACGGCCACCUGUAAGCUCGCAGCGGAGGAGACCGCGCUGCUGCGGGAUCCCGCCCAGCUGCUGAGCCCCGCGGCUGUGAGGCCCAGGAUCCCGCCUUCACAUGGGCAGCACGGACCGAGCGCCCCGAAGACGGGAGAAAACCCAGCAGUGUUUUCGCCUCGCCCAGCCCACCCGCCCCCAGGGCCUGCAGUAGUUCAGGACGUGUGGCUGGCAGAGCUCAUUGCGGGGUACAAGAAGGGCACAAUGAACCCCAUAUCGGCCCUGUACCAGUUUGCACAAAGGUACAACAUGCAGCUGGAUUUUAAAGAGACUGGCGUGGCAGGACAUGGCAUAAGUCCUUAUUUUGGCAUUAGUGCUGUGCUGGAUGGUGUUUACUACAAGACUGGAUUGGGAAGAAGUAAGAAGGAGUCUAAGCACAGUGCAGCUAAAUUGGCUCUUGAUGAGCUACUGAAGUUGGAGUGUGUGGUGGCACCAGCAUCUGGUAAGUCAAGUCCUCCCCGUAGUCUGGUUGAGCCUGAAACUGCAGCAAGCCCUGUUGAUGUUUCAAGGAUCAGCUUUGAAGGACGACACCAUAUAUAUCAGAAAUUUUUGCAGACAGUUGAAGGAGUAUUUAACAGCCUGACUGCUGAAAAUCCUGAGUACCAAAGCUGUGGCAGUUCACUGGCUGCCUUCAUCAUUGAGAAAGGUGGAGAGCAUCAAGUCGUAGCUCUAGGAACAGGAGACUGUAAUUACAGCAGUGAUUAUUCGCCUGAGGGAAGAGUGGUGCACGACAGCCAUGCCAUUGUUACUGCACGACGUUCUCUUCUCCGGUAUUUUUAUCGACAUCUUUUGCUGUUCUAUAAUGGUAAUCCAGCACACAGAGAGCAAUCCCUGUUUUGCUCUGCACCUGACUCGAAGCUGCUUACCCUGAAGCGGAAUAUAAGUAUCUAUCUCUAUAUGAGUCAGCUGCCAAAAGGAUCUGCUCAGAUAAAAACACAGCUGUGUCUUAAUCCACAUUCUCUAACUGCUUGCCAAGCUGCUGAGGAGCUGAGUCUCCAUGUUGCUAUAGAAGGCAAGAUUUAUCUUUCUCUUUCUUGUCCUUCUAAAACUGUGAGAGUAAUCAGUAUGUCAGCUAGUGACAAGUUAACAAAAUGGGAAGUGGUUGGAGUUCAGGGAGCGCUGCUGAGUUACUUCAUUGAACCAGUUUAUAUCAACACCAUUCUUGUAGGAAAUGGAAAUUGCAAGAGUUUGAAAGGGUUAGAAAUAGCUAUAAGACAACGUAUCGACGAUGGGCUCACAUCGAAGCUUCCAGUGCUUUACGUGGUCAACAGAUCGUUUACUUACUUGGUGAACACUGCACAGCCAACUCAAGUAAAUGUGAAGCAGAGGUCUCUUAGUUUGAAUUGGAUGAUGUCGGAUGCGCAGCUGGAGGUUGUGGAUGGGCUAAAUGGGAAAGUCACCGAAAGUUCGCCAUUCAAAAGUGGCUCUUCUAUGGCAAGCCGCCUUUGUAAGGCAGCGAUGCUGAGUCGUUUCAAAUGCCUUGCUGGGCGAGCAAAAAGAACUGAUCUGCUUAAAGUUGCUACAUACCAUGAAGCUAAGGUCAAGUCUCGUUUGUAUCAGGAAGCUAAGAAGUUGCUGCACAGCUACUUAGAGCAACAUGGCUAUGGAUCCUGGAUUGUGAAGUCUCCACUUAUUGAACAGUUCACUGAAUGAUUACAAGGUGGAUUGUAUGUGGAGUCCAUUUUCUUUUGGUAAAACGUGAUAGUAAUUAAUAGAUAUGUUAGCUGUUAAUAGAAUGCUUAACUGUUGGGUUCAUGUUUGCAAUGAGAAAAUUGUUGAGCAUGUGUGUCCAACCUGCCAGUUUUAUAAUUUUAUGUUAUGUUGCCCUCCUUUUUUUCCUUGUUUAAUAAAAAAAGUGAAGAUUUGUUACUUUUACUAUAUUCUCUAUCUUGCAUGCAACACAAGAAAGUUGAUUUCCACGCUGUGGCCCAGGCGAGAUAAAAGGUUGGACACCCACUACAUGUUGUAGAGCUUCCUAUUGUCAAUUUAGUUGUUAAACUGUCUGUAACACAGAAGUGUUUUCACAGGUAGAAGCACGUAACAGCAUUGCGUGUCUGUUUUUACCUCCCAGCAUCACCUUGUUCCUUCCCCACGCUAUGGGAGUUACUUAUGCGCUUUUCCUGUUAGUUGGCUGUGCUUCAGUCUUUUCAUAUGCCUUUUACGUAAUUAUCUUUUUUUGGGGGAAAAAAAUCAAUAAAAUUAGGAUUUCUUUAAUAAAUAGAUAUACCCGUGUGUUACUUUCAGAAUUAGCAAUAUUGACCAUCUGUGCUUUGCCUGUAGGUGUCUUCUGUUGGAAAUGAUUUUUGUUCAGAAUGGAUUAAUCACAUGGCUUGUAAUUCACAACAUAUUCUUUGUGACUGAAUGGUUAAAAAGUGGUCUUUGUACUUCAAAAAGUGAAGCUGAAUUAUCAAGCUGUUACUCAGCCAUUUUGUGACAAGCACUCACUCUUCGCUAGUGAAUUUAUAUCAUUAUAAGGAUUUCAGAGCUGUAAAUAAAGAUAGUGUGAUGUAGAAGUCAUCAGUAAUGGGAUUCUGUCAGUUUUUGGGGCUUCCUUAACAACUGUCAGAUGCAGUAGUAGACUAGUUGGACACCUUCCUCAGGCUGCUUAUUUGGUGUGCUUGUUUGUCCGUGUGGAAUUGUGUCUGUGGAAUAGUCUAAAGAGUGUGGCUUUUAUUGAGUGGGAAAUUGCUUCCUUGUAAAUUACCAUAAUAUUACAGUGACGAUUUGGCAAUGUUUGGAUGUUAAUCAUCAUUGGGUUUUUUUCAGACUGUUGUGUGUGUUGUGAAAUACUCAUGUACUGAUGCUGGAUUCUGUGCUGUGUUUCUUGAUUUUAUUAUUAUUAUUAAUGUAUUUCAUACAAGUUUGGUAAGCUGGUAGGUCAAGCUUUUGGUGUAUCAGUAGUAGUUGAAUUUUGGCUUCUUAUUGUAGAGUGACUAAAACAUGACAACAUCUCCAUUGAAGACAACCUUGCAGCAAAGUUGUUUCUUUUUCAUGAUAUUAAAACUUUUUUUUUUUUAACGUGUUUUUGUACUCCUGGUUAGUUUCUGUGUAUGGAUUUAGACCUUCUUAGGGACAUAAGCAAGGUGUUUCAUGUUAUUAAGCUAGAAGCCUUAAAUAUGUACAAAUAACUCUGUUUUCUUUGUGUACUUGAGGCAUUUUAUUAAUUGUGGCAAACUAAGACUUUGAAACUUACGGUGCUUUUUCAUGGAGAAAAGUUCUUUUGUGAAUGAGAUCUGGUAAGCUCUGUCUUGUAGUUGUAUCCUUGAGGCAUCACUUGAUUACAACAAUGGAUUCAGUUUUUAUAUCUAGGCUGUUAAUGAAUUAGGAGCAAAUGAAUAAUGCAUUCAGGUAUUAAA